AUGACGACCCUUGCUCCGCCACAGGCUUCGCGCCAGUCCAGCAGCUCGAGCGAGUCCCGCUCCUCUGGCCGGUCCGUCUCCCCCACCGCGACCCUCGGUGGAAUCCGUCAGCGUAGAGUGUCGGGGGCAUCAGGGCAGGCGCAUGGGGGGGAUGAGUAUAGGUGGUUGAGUACUGUUGUGGCGGAUGGGACGGGGGAUGAGCCGGGGGUGGAUGUGAAGAGUAAGAGGGAUGAGAAGACGUAUGGGCAUCUGAAGGCAAAGACCAAGAUUGAAGUGGUGGAUUACUCGUCUGACCCAAAUGAAGAAGGCAUGAACCUCGCGUCUCAAUUCCCAGGCGAGAAACUACAAGAAUGGCUCGACAGCACGCACGGCAAGCGGCGGAUCGGAGAAGACGGCAAACCUACAGGUGUUCGAUGGAUCCAUAUCGAUGGUAUCAACUGGCAAGUCAUCAAGACCCUCGUCCUCCACUUCGGGCAAGUCCCUCCCCCCCUUUCCCUCUUCGCCUGCUAUCUGACACCCUUGCAUUGUAGACUCCACCCACUAGCAGUGGAAGACGCAAUCGAAGCCGAAUCCUCCCCCCGCUCCAAACUCGACUUUUACAGGAACCACCUCUACCUUCAACUGCUCAUUCACCGUACGCGGUCGUCGGACCAUGCGGCGGAUGAGAUUGCGGAGGGGACGAGGCAGGGGGAGGGGGAAGAGGCUCGAGAGAAUGGGAUUGGGAAUGGGCACGGGAUUGUGAAUGGGAAUGGGAAAGCGGGGUUGUUUGGAGGGGCAGGCGCGGGGAGGAGGGUGGGCUUGCCGGAUGACAUCCAGGGGGUAUUCGAGCCGAGUAUGAUUGCUCCCCGCCAAAGUACCGGGUCUCAUCCAGCAGACGCGUCGGAGAAGGAAGCGCACAAGUUGACGGUAGAUGAGCUGAGUGCGGAGUAUAUGGUUCCGAUAAGGCGCAACAUCCUCAGUAUCUUUAUGCUGCGUACGCUUAUAUCCCUCGACGGGAAACCAGCAAGAGAAGUGCUUGAGCCGAUAUACGCGAGGUUGCGAGACGAGCAGAGUUUGUUGAGGCGGUCUGCGGAUGUGAGUAUGCUAGCGCAGGCUAUCCUGGAUACUGUCGCCGAUUUGUCCAUCCAAGUAUCGCAGACAUUCGAAUCCGAAAUCCUAAAGAUGGAAGCCUCCGUCCUCGUCGACCCCCAAAUGGAAACAGUCCGCCACCUCCAUGUCCUCUCCUCCCAGCUCAUCCGCCUCCGCCGCGCGCUCACCCCGCUCUUGCACGUAUGUUAUGUGGUAAGAGACCAGGAUCUGCAGCGGUCUGUGGCUGCUAGUUCGGUGGGGAGGUGGAGUGGGAGUGGGUCGCAAGGGGCGCAAGGGGCGCAAGGGGCGCACGGGGGGCAAGGAGGGCAAGGAGGGUCGCAUUUGAAUCCCCUCAACCAAAGACACUCUGGCACCAACACCCCCCAAGUAGACGACUCCGCCUCAGUCCUAUCCAUCCUCUCCCCCCGCUCCCACGGCAACCUCACAGCCCUCGGCGCCGGCUCCGCCUCCGCAGCAGCCGGGGCAGCCGGUGCGAACCCACAAACAGCCCAGCUGGGUUUUUUUUCGCCGCUGACAAAGGUUUAUAUUGAGGAUGUGAUUGAUCAUUUGGAGAUUGUGGUGGGGAGUUUGGAGCAGUUUGUGUCGACUUGUGAUCAUUUGACGGAUUAUGUUUUUAAUGUGUUGAGUUUCCAGACGAAUGCUUCGAUGGAGCGGUUGAGUAUCGUCACUGUCGUCUUUUUGCCCCUCACAUUCAUUGCAUCCUACUUUGGCAUGAAUUUCACCCAUUUCGCCCAAAUCGAAGGCCCCGUAUCAUACUUUUGGAAAGUCGCCAUACCGUGUACGGUCGGCUUCUUUUUGGUGUUUUCGGCGAGUUACCUUAGAGCGUUGGGGGUUACGUUGGCGAGGAGGGUAAGGAGGUGGGAGAAGGUGAGGAAGGUUGGGAGAGCGGGUAGGAGUGGGGGUGGGGGGAAGGGGAGAUAG